AUUAGUGUGUAAAGCAAUGAAAACAAAAAAUAUCGUCUUUCAUUUUUGCAGUCUGCUAAAUUAUUCAGAAAUGAUUUAAAACCGCGCAGAUUUGGUUUUUUGUUCAAAAUUGGCAUCGCUCAAUCACAUACGAGGCGUUCCGGCAAAGGCAAGCCUCGCCGGAAUACGACCAUGGCGUUCGGUCGCUAUCAGCAUUUGCACAAGCGAAAUUGCAUUGGAAUGUUGCCGGUAUUCUGCUCGUUUGUGGCUGGAGCACUGCUGACAAUAUUAAUCGGUGGACCGCCGCAAAGCUGCGAAACGAGUACCAGAAUCUAUCAACCGGAAAAUUCAUACUUUCUAAUGUUGCUAAUCGUAAGUGCUCCCGGAAACGUCGAGCGAAGGACUGUUAUUCGAGAGACGUAUUUGAACUUGCGACCAAGAAUAUUGAAUGAAAGCUACCAAGAUGACGCCAUUUACGUGCCUCUGUACGAUGAACGAGAACAGUUACAACUGGAAACAAUUCAAAAGCAGAAGGAACUGUUAGAUAACUAUCAGCAAUGGCAACAGCGAAAUAUAAAGAACAUCAAGGUGAUAAAUUUUAAGAUUAAACCAUUGUUCGCUAUUGGUACCCACGGUUUGUCUCGAUCUGAACGAAAGAUAGUAUAUGAGGAACAAAGGGUUUUCAACGAUGUGCUAGAGUUGGACGACUUGGUGGAUUCAUACGACAAUCUAACCACUAAGGUCAUACGUAGUAUGAGUAGAAUAGACGAAGUUUAUGACUUUAAAUACUUUAUGAAAGUUGAUGAUGAUUCCUAUGUUAAAUUAGAUCUUUUAUCGGAAGAUUUACUAAGUUAUUAUGAAAAGUUGCACAAAGUGCGGUUGAGCCACGCUAAACCCGUCGAGCUGUAUUGGGGUUAUUUCAAAGGGGCGUCGACAGUCCAACAUCACGGAGCAUGGAAGGAAAAGGACUAUAAACUAUGUGACCGUUAUCUCCCAUACGCACUUGGCGGAGGCUACGUGCUAUCCAAAAAUCUUGUUUCAUUCAUUGCUGCCUAUCGAGACACGUUAACCAGCUACAAAAGUGAAGACAUGGCCGUUGGAACGUGGCUAUCACCAUUCGCAAAUAUCCAUCGUAGACACGACGUUCGAUUCGAUACCGCCUGGAUGCCGAGGAAAUGUCAGAACUACCAUCUAGUGUUGCACAAGCGUACCGCACAGCAAAUGAAGGAAAUCUAUCGAGGUGACCUAUGCAGCCACGAGGAACAACAGGAAGCUGACGUGCAACGUCCUAGGGAGUACUUUUACGAUUGGACCGUUCCACCGACUCAGUGCUGUAGGACGUUGGUACAGCAAGUUAGGCAGUAGGAGACAGUAUUAUGAAAACGACACCCAAGCAAGCUAAUGUAAGAAAUUGUGAUAAUGCGACUCCGAAUUCGUGACUUAUAUGUAAUCGCAGCUAAUGUAAACUGUACAUACUUAACGUUGAUUUAUGUUAUACGGAACAACAGUGUAGGCAGCAACCGUUUUAUUAUUUGCGAAAAAAAAUCGAAUAUGUGUUGUAGAAUAUAACAUUGAAAUCACGAUGAAAAUGUU